AUGGCAACACAAGCAGGCAAUCCAAAUAUGGAAAUGUUAAUUCCAAUGAUCAAUCAACUUCAACAUAUAUUUACGACUGCAAAUGCGAAAUUAACACUGACUUUACCUCAAAUUGCAGUCGUAGGUGCCCAAUCAGCUGGAAAAAGUUCAGUAUUGGAAAAUAUUGUUGGACGAGAUUUCCUUCCUCGGGGUGGAAGUAUGGUUACUAAACGACCUCUUGUUCUUCAAUUGAUUACCUCACAAGGUCAAGAGUAUGCUGUCUUUGGACAUAAACCGCAACAAAGAUUUGUUAAUUAUGCUGAAAUUCGAGCUGAAAUCGAAAAUGACACAAAAUCAGUUGUUCGUGAUGAUAUGGGUGUUUCAAACUUACCAAUUAAUUUAACAAUUUUUUCGCCGCAUGUGGUUAAUCUUACACUGGUUGAUUUGCCUGGUAUGGUUAAGGUUCCAUCACAAGGUCAACCAGCUGACAUCGUGAAGAAAAUCGAUGAUAUUAUUAUCGAGUAUAUAAGCAAUGAGAACUGUCUCAUUCUUGCUGUUACACCAGCUAACAUUGAUAUUGUUACAUCGGAUGCUCUGGUCAUGGCUCGAAGUCGAGAUCCACUAGGUAAACGUACUAUUGGCGUAUUAACAAAAUUAGAUAUGAUGGGCAAAGGACAUAAUGCUCGUGAUGUUCUUCUAAAUAAAGUUGUCGUACUUGAACGAGGUUUUAUUGGUGUUGUACUUCGUGGCCAACGUCUCGAUGAACAUGGUCGAGUGACAAAAGAAUUAGACAUUCCAGGCGCACUUGAAUAUGAACGACAAUUUUUUUCUAAUGAUCCAGCUUAUCGUGAUAUUGCUGAUCGAAUGGGUGUUCCGUAUCUCCAACGUACACUUAGUCUUCAACUGACUGAACAUAUCCUUAAAUGUUUGCCGGACUUAAAACGAGAUUUACAAGGACGUCAUCGUGACUUAUCGAAAGAAGUCGCUGAAUAUCGCGCGACAGCAAUGUUCGAAAGUGCGUCAACCUCAGAUACGAAAGCACUUGUCGGUUUAACUCAUGAAUUGCGCGAAGAUUUCGAUAAAGCCUUGCAGGGUAGUAACUUAAAAGAAGCCGAUUUAAAAACACUAACAGGUGGUGCACGAAUUGCAAACAUCUUUCGCGAACGCUUUCCAUUUGAACUAAUCAAAGUUGAGUUACAGGAUAAAGACAUGCGCAAUUUGACAAUAGUUGCAAUCAAAAAUAUUCGCGGUUUUCGAUCAGGCCUUUUCACACCCGAUGAAGCAUUUGAAUACAUCGUUCAAAUGCAAAUAGCCAAAUUUGAAGAGCCGAUCAUGAAAUGUGUUGACAUGGUCUUAUCAGAAUUGAUGGCUGUUAUUCAUGAAGCAACCAGUAAAAUGAAACGAUAUCCGUUAUUACGUCAAUCAACGGAAGAAUUACUCAUCCAGUAUCUUAGAGAAAGAGAAAUUGCUACUAAACAAGCAUGCACAGCUUAUGUUCAGACACAAUUAGCAUAUAUCAAUACAAAUAAUGAAGAUUUUAUUGGAUUUGCAAGUGCCGAGAAAUCUGUUAGUGCCGGUGAAGCCAAAAGACAUGUCACGAACCAGGUUAUUCGCAAAGGCUUUCUUCGUGUUCAUACUGGUGUUAAAUUAUUUCAAGCAAAAGAUUUCUUUUUCGUUCUGUCAACAGACAAUUUAUCAUGGUUCACAGAUUCGGACGAAAAAGAUAAGAAAUAUAUGUUACCAUUAGAAAAUCUGAAGAUUCGAGAUGUCGAAGGUGGUUUCAUGGCUAAACGACCCCAAUUCGCUAUCUUUAACACCGACGGAAAAAACGUCUACAAAGAACAUAAAGUACUUGAAUUGUCCGUUGACAAUAGUGAAGAAUUGGACACAUGGAAAGCAUCGUUCUUGCGUGCUGGUGUUUAUCUUGAACGAGAACAGCAUGUUGAAGACACUGCAGUUGCAACUGAAGUUGGCCCAAUCGAUCCACAUAUGGAACGACAAGUAGAAACAAUUAAUAAAUUAGUGUCAUCAUAUAUGCAAAUUGUUGCGAAAAUGACACGCGACUACAUUCCAAAAGCAAUUAUGUUCAAUAUUGUUCAAAAUGUACAAAAAUUUGUAUCAAAAGAGCUAUUGGCCCAUCUCUACGCUCUCCCUGAUCCAAAAUCCUUAUUACAAGAAUCGGAAGAGGAACGACAACGUCGUGAAGCGAAAAUUGCAGAAUAUGAAGCUGUUAAGAAUGCUUUGAAUAUUAUUGAAAAUUUCCAUAUCAAUGCACGAAAAGUUGCGGGAUCUGUUAUGCCAGUAUCAGCUUUAGCUGCUGGAGUAUCAAGUGCAUCAUUAACUGGUCAUGCCAACAAUAAUUUUGCACCUGCAUCAAACUUUCAAAACAAUUCUUUCGACUCAACGUCAUUUUUUCAACAACAGCAACAGUUCGCAGCAGCUCGUCCGGUUAGUCCUAAUCCCCAACGAAAACAACAGGCUCCAAUGAACCCAGUUCCGAAUUCGUUCUCCUCACGAGAACCGCCUCAACCACCAUUCCGACCAAAUGUACAACCAAAUCAAAUGGGUGGCAAUCCAAAUUUACCUACGACAAUGAUGCCUCAGCGAACUCAAGUCACAGGGCCAUCCUUGUCUAAUCUAUUAAAUGAAUUGGAUCCUUUUUCAACGCCUAUAUACCAGAAUGGUAUCACCAUCGGGUCAUCAACAAUGAAUCAAUAUGGUAGAGUAAGUCCUCAACCAGGAGGCUUACCACCACCUUUGACACCGAUACGUCCAACACCGUCAAUUCCGCCACGACCACUCGAACGGCCACCGGUUCCACAACGAAAUUAA